GCGAUGGCCAGGUGGACUUUGAGGAGUUUGUCACUCUUCUGGGCCCAAAGCUGACGGCAGCUAGGUUGCCAGAUAAGUUCCACGGCACUGAUUUUGAUUCUGUAUUUUGGAAGUGUGACAUGCAGAAGUUAACGGUGGAGGAGCUGAAGAGGCUCCUCUACGACACCUUCUGCGAUCACCUUUCUAUGAAAGACAUCGAGAAUAUCAUCAUGACUGAGGAGAACCACAUAGAGAACCCCGGGGAGUGCCAGGUGGAUAUAGACAGUUCCAGCCCGACCGUCAAGCAAACUUGUGUUCGCAAGAGCUUGAUUUGCGCCUUUGCUAUUGCUUUCAUCAUCAGCGUCAUGCUUAUCGCAGCCAAUCAGGUGCUGCGGAGCGGCAUGAAGUAGGAGCAGCAGCAUUUUCAGCCUUGGCUAUCACCUAAAGGCUGCCUCACGGACAAAUGACUAUAAACAUAAGGCUAACAAAUAUAAAA